CCUAACUUGUCAGUGAAAAGAAAGUUACCAUCCGCAAGAGAUGAGGUAUUAAGGACAAAAGUGGGAUUUUUCAGGAAGUGCAGGAUACCCAACAUCAUAGGAGCAGUGGAUGGAACAUUGGUCCCUAUUCUUGCUCCUAAGGACAAUGGGGUUGCCUUCAUAUGCAGGAACGGUUACCAUUCCAUCAAUGUCAUGGCUGUAUGUGACCAUGAAAUGAGAUUCACUGACAAUGUAGCCAGAUGGCCAGGUUCCCAGCAUGAUGCAGCCGUGUUUGAUGUUGAUGACUAAAGGCUUUGAAUCUAGGACCACCUUGAGACCAACCAGACAGGCAUUUAACUUGGUGAUGGCGGUUAUCCCCUCGGUCCAUACCUACUGACCCCAUUACUCAAUCCUACCACUCCACAUGAGAUUGCCUUCAACAAGGCCCAAAUCAGGGGGCGUAUAGUGAUUGAGAGGAGUUUCGGACUUCUAAAAUCCCG